AUGGGAUAUGAGAAAUAUAAUAUUGGCUUAGAUGAAGACCUCAAAUUUGUCAAUAUUGGCAAUAACUGCACUUUAGAUGAAAGAGAUCAGUUUAUUCAGCUUUUGCGCCAAUACCCUGAUGUCUUGGGAUAUUCAUAUGAUGAUCUUAAAUAUUUUCAACCCAAGGAAGUGCAACAUGAUAUUCCCCUCAAGCUUGGUGCAGUCCCCUUUAGACAAAAGCAACGCCAGUAUAAUCCAAAAAUUUCAAGUACCAUUCUUUCUGAGAUUCAAAAGAUGCUUGAUGCUCGGAUUAUCUUUCCCAUCCAUCAUUCAACAUGGUUGGAAAAUAUAGUUCCGAGAUUCAUUCCUGACUUUGCAGAAAAGACUCGUCAUAUCAUGGAUAUGAUGAAGGGAAAGACUAUUUUCCUUCCUGAUACAUCUGAUACAUCAGUCAAGUCUAUCUUGACACAACAGGAGUUUGGCAUGAAAAGAGAGAAUUGGAAUGCCAAAAUCCAAGAGUACGAUUUGGAGAUUAGGCCUACGAAGCUUGUUCGAGGAAGAGGACUUUGUCAACUCAUCGCAGAAGGGAUUCUAGAGGAGCAAGAAUUGGACGAUUUUGAAGAUCUUUCCAAGGUGUUGUUUGUCAACACCAUUGAUGAAUGGUACUCUAAUAUAGCAUUUUUCUUGACUUAUGGUGAAUGUCCACAACAUUUGUCAUUGAAGGAAAAGAGGAGUAUCAAGCUGAAAGCUGCGAACUUCGUAUUAUGGGAUACUGGUUUGUACAAAAGGGCAAUUGAUGGUACUUUCCUCCGUUGUGUUGACAAAUCACAACAAACCAAAUUGCUGGAAUCUUUCCAUGAUAAGGCUUGUGGUGGUCAUUUUUCCGCACCAGCGAUUGCUCACAAAAUUUUGAGAGCUAAGUAUUAUUGGCCUACGCUCUUUCAAGAUGCUUUUAAAUGGGUGCAAAAAUGUAUACAUUGUCAGCAGUUGGUGGGCAAACAAAAGCUUGUAGUGUUACCAUUGAAACCGGUGAUUGUUGAAGAACCUUUCCGACAAUGGGGCAUUGAUUUCAUUGGUGUGAUCAAUCCUUCUUCAAGUGCAGGUCAUUCGUAUGUUCUUACUGCUAUAGAUUAUUUCACCAAGUGGGUGGAAGCAAUACCGGUAAAGAAUGCUACUUCUGAGAUAGUGUGCAGAUUCCUAGAGGAGAAUAUUAUUUCUAGAUUUGGUGUUCCAAACAAGAUCGUGACUGAUAAUGCAACCACAUUCUCUUCCUCUGAAAUUACACAAUUUUGUUUUGAAUAUAGUGUUUUGUUAGCUCAUUCAUUUGAUUAUUACCCUCAAGGUAAUGGUCAGGCGGAAUCAAGUAACAAGAAUUUGAUUACCAUUAUUCACAAGCUUGUUGAAGAGAACCAAAGGUCUUGGCAUAAGGCUCUUUAUGAUGCUUUAUGGGCAGACAAAAUUACACCCAAAAGAGCCAUUGGAAUGGCAGAUUUUGAUUACCGGGGUAUGAAGGAAAAGAUCAAAAAGUCCUUCGUGCACGUGCAUUGUAUUGAGGAUAUUUGGGUAGAUCUCCGUACAGAAAUGGAGGUUCUCAAGAUGGACUAUUGCAGGCUUACUGUUGAGCAGGUUAUUGAUCUGAACCUGGUGGACAUUUCGCAAGGAAUGAUCGAUAAUGGUGAUGUGCUUGAUCCAUAA